AUCAAACACAAAGCUGCCAUGAGUACUUUAAAUGCAAGUUUUGUCCAGAAUAUGCCCAUUGUUCGUCCUGAAUACUUUUUCAUCAUUGGACUUUCAGGUAUACCUUAUAGCAGUUAUUACUAUAUUUUUUUAUUUAUCACAUAUUUUAUUGCUGUGAUUGGGAACUCUAUAGUGCUUCUCAUUAUUGCUCUUGAACGAAGCCUGCACAGUCCAAAGUACAUCGGUGUGUUUAAUUUGGCCUUGGCUGAUAUUGGUGAAACUAAUGCAGUGAUUCCUAACAUGAUGAAGACUUUUUUUUCUGACUCACAGUUCAUCUCUUACAAUGCUUGUCUGGCAAACAUGUUUUUUGUGAACUUCUUUAUUACUGUGCAAAGUGUCACUCUUGUCGUUCUGGCAUUUGAUCGUUUCAUUGCAAUUUGCCUGCCAUUAAGAUAUCAUGCCCUACUAAAUAAUACUGUAAUGUCUUUAGUGUUUUUAGUAGUAUGGGCAUUCAACACUUCUCUGGUGGCCCUGGCAGCAUCUUUGAUGACCAGACUUUCAUUCUGCAAAACUAAUGUGGUACAGAGUUAUUAUUGUGACUAUGGACCAGUAUUGAGGUUGGCAUGCAAUGACAAUAGCAUUAAUAUAUUUAUAACAAACCUCAUUGCUGCUUUGUUCCUUGUAGCACCAUUAUGCAUUAUAGUCCUGUCAUAUAUGGGCAUUUUUUUUGCCUUAAGUAAAAUUACAACUUGGGAAGCACGUUUAAAAGCACUGAAGACCUGUGUUUCUCACCUUAUUUUGGUCGGAAUAUUCUUUCUUCCUGUAAUAUGCAUUUUUAUUGCUUCAUCAAUUACUUCUCUCACUCCAAAUGCCAGAGUCAUCAGCACAUCUCUUUCAUUUACUCUUCCACCAAUGUUAAAUCCCAUUAUUUAUGUUUUAAACACAGCUGAAAUCAGAGUCUUAAUUCGAAAAGUGCUUAAAAAAAGAAUUGUGCCAAUUAGAAAUAUUUCUAAAUGACUGUAAUGGUUGUGUGUUCUUCCAUCAUUAGCCAUUAAAUUAAAUAUAUUUUUUCAUAAAUAUUUUAUAUUCAUUAUGUGGAAAAUAAAAGUGUAUGAGCAGAAAAUAGUUAUAUUCACUCUGCUACACUACUAACAUGAACGGGCAUUUGAGACAUAAAUGUACAUAACAGCAGUGAUAUGCAGUUUAUUUAGUUAUGUUUGAAUCCAUUUGAUUUUAAGUGCUUGUUCUUAAUCACUGACCUGAAGAUAAAACAACUAAAUUGACAGAAAACUGUGCAAAAUAUUUGAUAAAAAAAAUAAAAUAAAUUGUGAGCAGUCAGUAUUAUGCUGACAUAUUUCAUGUUACCCUAAAGUUUAUUCCACUCAAAUGCUGUUAACUGUCAUGUUUGUUCAUAUCAUGUUCAUAUAAUUCAAAUAAUGCAAACCAAGGAUCCAUUUUAAUUUAAAUUACUUUUAACUGUGCCUCGAUCAUACACCGAGUUUGGUAAAACUGCCUUUUCUUGUAAUGCGCCCAGACUAUGGAAUGAAAUGCAGAGUAUUUUGAAGCUAAACAUGCUGCCAUCGUUAAAUAUUUUUAGAAACCUUUUGAUGUCACAUUUGAAAGAAUCAUGUUCCUGUUUUACUUAACAU